UGCCAAUAAUACUCAUAGUUAAUCAUCGCAAGCUAGGCCAUUGAUCACCAUCGUCAAGAUUCAAGAUGAUGAUGUGCUCAAGAUCCUUUUUCAUUCUCCCAGUCACCACCAUCAUCAUCUCUUGUGCAAUAAUGGCGCCGCAUCUACAGACUGCCAGUGCCAACCCCAAGAAGGUCGUACGGAUUCUGGACUCGAUCCCGACCAACAACCCGGUCCAGCCCAUGAAGCCACUGCUCGUGCAUUGCAAAUCCAAAGACACUGAUCUAGGAGCGUGGGCGAUGAACGAGAAUGACGAGCGCGAAUUCCACUUCAGGGUCAAUAUCUGGGGGACAACUUUGUUCUGGUGUGAGUUCAACUGGGGUGUCAAGGCCCGAGACGUCGUCGUAUUCAACGCCCAAGAAGGCCAGUGCGGGGGUGAGAGGUACUGCAAUUGGAUUGUGAAGACCGACGGGUUUUACUUUGCCAAAGGAGAGUCUCCUAAGGACUCCGAUUUUACCGCCAGCGCUGGCCCUAAAAAGGUCGUGCGGAUAACGGAUUUGAUCCCGACCCACAAUUCGGUCCAGCCUCCGAAGGUACUGAACGUGCACUGCAAGUCCAAAGACGACGAUCUGGGCCUGUGGACAAUGACAGAGAACCAGUCGCGCGAGUUCCACUUCCGGGUCAACUACUGGUGGACCACUCUCUUCUGGUGCCGCUUUGACUGGGGCGACAAAUUUGCCAACUUUGUCGUGUUCGACGCCAAUAGCCGGGAUGGGUACGAUUGCAGGCGCGAGAGGUACUGCAAUUGGCAGGUGAAGACCGAUGGGUUUUACUUCGCCAAAGGGGAGUUUCCUAAAGACUCUGAUUUUGUUCGGAAGGCAUAUUGGAUGGACAAAUAGAGAACUAGUAAUAAGGGGUAUAGUAUAAG